AUGGUGCUGUCCAUGGUGCUGACGGCGCUGGCUGGACUGGCGCUGACCACGGUGCCGGUGCUGACACAGAAUGACACGGAGCCCAUCGUCCUGGAGGGGAAGUGCCUGGUGGUGUGUGACUCCAAUCCGACGGGAGACUCCAAGGGCUCAUCCUCCUCCUCCCCGCUUGGGAUCUCGGUCCGCGCCGCUAACUCCAAGGUGGCUUUCUCCACUGUGAGGAGCACCAACCAUGAGCCAUCGGAGAUGAGCAACAAAACUCGGAUCAUUUACUUUGAUCAGAUCUUAGUAAAUGUGGGCAAUUGCUUUACCCUGGAGUCGGUCUUUGUUGCCCCAAGAAAAGGCAUUUACAGUUUCAACUUUCAUGUUAUCAAGGUGUACCAGAGUCAAACUAUUCAGGUCAAUCUUAUGCUGAAUGGUAAACCAGUAAUUUCUGCUUUUGCUGGGGACAAGGAUGUGACUCGUGAAGCUGCCACUAAUGGAGUCCUGCUCUAUUUAGAUAAAGAAGACAAAGCAUACCUGAAACUGGAGAAAGGUAACCUGGUUGGCGGAUGGCAAUAUUCAACAUUUUCUGGUUUCUUGGUUUUCCCUCUGUAA